AUGCUGCGCGCCGGCGCCGCCCUGCGGCCGCGCCUGGCGUCGGCGCGGUGCCUGUCGUCGCGCGAGGAGUGCCACGAGCGGCUCGCGACGAAGCAGAAGGGCCACGUGAAGCCCCUGAAGACGAAGCAGAAGGGCGUCGACAUCCUGCACGACCCGCUGUGGAACAAGGGCAUGGCCAUGGACUACCCGGAGCGGGACCGCCUCAACCUGCGGGGCCUCGUGCCGCCGCGCGUGAAGACGCUCGAGGAGCAGGCCGCGCGCGUCAUGGCGCAGCUCCGGGGGGACUUCGCCGACGACGACGACGGCCGCCUGCGGAAGAACAAGUUCCUCCAGGAGCUCCACAACCGCAACGAGACGCUCUACCACCGCGUGCUCGCGGACAACAUCGCCGAGCUCGCGCCGCUCGUCUACACGCCGACCGUCGGCGCGGUCUGCGAGAACUUCGGGGCCCAAUUUCGCCGCGCGCGGGGCAUGUACUUCUCCGUCCAGGACCGGGGCCUCUUCUCGUCCAUGGUCUGGAACUGGCCCCACGACGACGUCCACAUCAUCGUCGUCACCGACGGGUCGCGGAUUUUGGGGCUCGGCGACCUCGGCGCGCACGGCAUGGGCAUCCCCAUCGGGAAGCUCGCGCUCUACUGCGCAGCGGGCGGCAUCGCGCCGCACCGCGUCAUGCCCGUCAUGCUCGACGUCGGCACGAACAACGCCGCGCUCCUCGAGGACGACGACUACCUCGGCGUCCAGAAGCCGCGGCUCGAGGGCGACGAGUACUUCGCCAUGGUCGACGAGUUCAUGUCCGCCGUCUUCGAGCGCUGGCCCGACACCGUCGUCCAGUUCGAGGACUUCGAGUCGUCGAAGGCGCAGCCGAUCUUGGACAAGUACCGCCACACGCGGCGCUGCUUCAACGACGACAUCCAGGGCACGGGCUGCGUGACGCUCGCGGGCGUGCUCGCCGCGGGCCGCCAGGCGGGGCUCCGGCUCUCGGAGAUGUCGUUCCUCUGCGCGGGCGCGGGCUCCGCGGGCCUGGGCGUCUGCCUCCAGCUCGUCGACGGCAUGGUCGCGGACGGCCUGAGCCGCGAGGAGGCCAUGAAGCGCUUCGUCAUCUGCACGUCCGUCGGCGCCAUCGGCCGCGCGGACGGCGCGCACGGCGACCCGAACGCGGCGCGCGGGCUCAGCGCGGAGCGCGAGAUCUGGGUCAACGACGCCGUGAGCGACGGCGCGAGCCUCGAGGACGCCGUGCGCGAGUUCCGGCCGACGUGCCUCCUCGGCCUCGCCGCGCAGCCG